AUGGCCGCCUGCUCGCUUCGGCCGGCUCCCGCAGUCGCCGGCUCGCGCCUCCGCCAGCUGCUCCCGAGCGCUACCCCGGCCAUGGCUUCCUUCUACUCCGCGCGAGCGCCGCCGACGGGCCAGCCCGAGCCCUCCGCCGCCGGCUCUCCUGGCGCACCUAUGACCGCCUGCGUGGCGCGCCUAACGCGCAGUCGCGCCGCUCGGCGCCGUCUCCGCCGUCUGCGUCGAGUCCGGCUCCGCCCCGCAGCCGUCACGCCGCCUCCUUCCUCGCAGGACCACCAGCCGGCUUUGCGCCUCCGCGGCCGGCUCCGCCUGCUCCGCCGGGCCGCCUCCUCGCUCCCGCUCGGCCGCGCGCGCGCUUGCUCCACCUCGAGCCCGGCCGCGUCCGGCUCCCCGAUGCCGCCCCGCGCCCAGCCGGGUCAGGCGAGCGUCGCGCGCGGCGUCUCCCGCUCCCCCGACCGCCGGCUCCGCCUCCGCUGGCGGCUGGGUCGCGCGCGCCGGCUCCGCCUGCCGACCCGGCGACUCGACCGACUCCGCCUGCUCCGCCGGGCCGCCUCCUCGCUCCCGCUCGGCCGCGCGCGCGCUUGCUCCACCUCGAGCCCGGCCGCGUCCGGCUCCCCGAUGCCGCCCCGCGCCCAGCCGGGUCCGGCGAGCGUCGCGCGUGGCGCCUCCCGCUCCCCCGACCGCCGGCUCCGCCUCCGCUCGCGGCUGGGUCACGCGCGCCGGCUCCGCCUGCCGGCUCCCCCCAACACGGACGACCGGCUCCGCCGCCUGCCGUCUCUGCCGCAACCCGGCCGCCGGCUUCGCAGCGACCCGGCCGCCGGCUGCCGCCGUCCCGCUCCUGCCGACUGA